AUGAGUAAAAAGGCAUCCAAUGCAUGUCCUUCGUUUAUUUCCAACACAUUUUUCACCUACUCAACUGUUAAAAUGGUUGAAGUGCCCAAUUCAGCCAUUGCUCUGCUGAAUCGUGUCAUUCAAUUGGUUAUCUGCGGUUAUAUUGCUCUUUACAUCGUUUGGUAUCAACGCGGAUAUCAAGAAUUUCAAGAACCACGUGGAACGAGCGUAGCGAAAAUCAAAGGCGUUUCGUCAGUCAGUGUCAAAAUUCCGUCCAGUCCAUCUGCGAACCAUUCACGCGUUGUUUGGGAUACAACUGAGUAUGGUCUUCCACCUCUAGAAAAUAAUGCGUUUUUUAUUGCCACUCAUCAAAUUGUGACUUAUGAUCAGAGUGACAGUCGAUGUCCGAGUGCACUGAAAUCGAAACUUUUUUGUGCUAACAAGACUAGCAUUUGUAAAGAGGGAAAACCAACGCCGAGCACAUCUGGUUUUUUCACGGGUAAAUGUGUAGCAAGUUUCGAAAAUUCAUCGAUUAGUGUUUGUGAAAUCAGUGGUUGGUGUCCUGAAGAAAUGAGUGCAUCGACAGAUCUUCAAAUUAGUCUGCACGAUCUGAGCAAUUUUACGAUUUUCAUUAAAACAUCUGUUACAUUUCAACGUUUUGAUAUUAAUCUAAGAAAUAUUGGAGACAAUACCAAUUUUUCUUGCCGAUAUCACCCUAUCGGAGAUCAGCGUUGUCCCAUUAUCCGUGUUGGUGACAUACUCGAGGGUCUCCACACAGACAUUCCAGCUCUGAUCAAAGAAGGUGGCGUGAUCGAAAUCGAACAGCUAUGGGAGUGUAAUUUUGACUAUGACAAGCGUCUCUGUUACCCGCGAUAUCUAUUUCAUCUCUUACAAAGCGGCGAUGAUAAACAAUCGCCUGGUAUCAAUUAUCGUACAGCAUAUAAAUAUCGUUUUGAUAAUACGACUUAUCGACUUCUAUCGAAAGUUCAUGGCCUCCGGUUUGUCAUAUCGAUUUCCGGCAGAGGAGGACGAUUCCAUGCACUUCAAUUAUUUCUCGCCAUUGGAUCUGGUAUUGGUUACAUGGUCAUUGCUGGAUUGGUUUGUGAUUUUAUCAUGGUACAUGUGCAUAAAUCUCGUAAUACAUUUCGGGCAGGCAAAGUUAGCCUGGUUCGACCCACAGAAACGACGUCAUCUUGA